AUGUUAGCAGUGAGAGGAUUGUUUCAACUCGGGAGAACAUGUUAUUGUUUUAUUGCAAGGCCUAAAACAACUAGACUGGUAACAUCAACAGUGUCAUGGAAACCAUCACUAUGGCAACCACAUAUACGUGGAGUGUCUUCAGUAUAUAUACAAAAAAGGUUCUACCAACCAGAUACUAUGCUGCGUAUCAUUCUGCAGUGCCACGAUGUGCCGCAUAUAUUCCGAGUUAUUUCCCAGAACCCUACUAAGGCAUACCCACAUCACUUAGCGAUCGGUAUUAGAUACGCGGUAGAAGUUUGCGACGAGAACAAUGAAGGGUAUGAGUUUAUCAAUACCAGUGAAUUUCAACAAAUAUCCGAUAAACUAGCAUUAAACUGCGGCACGUUGAGCAACGUGAAUCUUUUACGAACUGUAGAAUGUCUGAAGUCAAUUGGUGUUGCGAAUAAUAUGACUUUACUUGUAGCGUUAGUGAAUGAGUGUAGUCGUCGAAUUCCUGCCUUUGCAGUUCACGAUGUAUCAAAACUUUUAGAAUAUCUUAUUAUUCUUAAAGUGGAUAAUACAGCUUUAAUUGAUUCUUGCGUUAAUCGUAUUGAGUCACAUUUAAAUCAGAUAACCAAUGGGAGAAUACUCGUCCCUUUGUUGGGUUAUUAUGAGAAGAAAUUUAACGAAUUGACUGAAAAAAGCAGUGACGAUCAUCAAACUGAGUUGAAAAUCUUGAGUCAGCGUGUCACCCCUAUAUUGGAGGUAUUUUUACGAUAUAACAAGUCUCCGGUAAUUCACGAUAUUCUUAAAAUUGGUAAUUUAGCAUCAUUCUGCCUACAGUGGGGAAUUCAAAGUGAUGACCAGGUGCUGCUGGAGUCGCUACUCCAUAACCGCACAUUCUUUCAAUUCCCACACGAGGAAUUUAUCCACACACUGUGUUGUGAAAUGCCGCAGCAUUUCAAGACUUUAGACUUGUCGACAAUCAGUCUUAUAAAUCGCUAUGUUUCGUGGCACGCUGUAAGGGACACAAUGUUAUUGGACGCCAUCUCCGAGUUCAUCACCGACAACAUUUCUCGUCUGAAAGUUGCCGAUCUGCAGCGACUGUUACUGCCACUGGGAAAGUUGAACUACCUGCCAAAAAAUUGUUCGCAAUUGUUCGCCAAGAUUGAUGAGAUGAUGCAGAAACAUUUUUGGUUGUCUCCCAUGGCGACAGUUAAUGUGAUGCUGUCGUUAAUUCAGAUGGGUCAUUUCUCAGCGUUGCUAAGCAAUCUUCUAUCACCAAAUUUCUUAGAGAAUCUGUCAAAUAGCGGUGCCUAUCGCUUUGACGACAUGAAACCCAAACUAUGUAUACUUGACAAGGCAAUUGAGUUGGAUUACCCAGCAUACAAUGGGGCUAGACUUCCUGACGAUAUCAAAAUAACAGCAUUUUAUAGUCAAAAAGAUCGAUUCAAACCGUCUCAACAUUUACGUGACGUGACAACGUGUAUGGAUAAGAUAACGACUGGUACGCAAUUCUACAACUACAGACCUGUCUUGUUGCCUGGUUACAGAGCAGAUUUUGAGUUUUUCCUUGAUGAGGAUGGCAAUUUUCUUCCUGUCAAAGAUUUUGUUGCAGAUCCAGAUAUUGACGCUGUUCAGGGAAAGGUAAUUUCCCAACAGAAUGAUCUUAAAAUCACCUCAGAAACAUUAUCCAAUCAAAGACUAGUACAUGGUUUCACCAAUCAACAGCAAAACAAUACGAUGUCAUUACCUGAUUUAUCCAAACAGUUUGCUGGCAAUCUGUUUCAGCAGGGAAGUCUUAAUCCGUAUUUAGUGAAAGAACCUGAAGCUAUUGAUAAAAUAGAAGGGUCAGAUAAUGCUGGAUAUUGUGAUGAAUCUGAUGAUGGAAACCUGACCAAAAAUGAGGGUUUUUACAGCAAAAAUGCUGCUUAUGAUAGCGAUGAUAAUUGCAACGUUGGCAGCGAUGCCUUUUACGCAACUUAUGGAAAAAAGCCAAUAAUGAAUCCUUUUGGUCUGAUAUUCCAGAACAGCACUUCAAAUAAUGAUAAUGCGGAGAAAUCGGAUUCUGAUGAUGAGACUACAUCAGCAGUUUAUCAAAAGAAAGAUUCUUCGGAUUAUCUUCUGAAAGAGCAGCAAGAGUUUGAAUUUGAACAACCGGAUGAGAUUGAGAACCAGCAGAGUAUGGAAUUUGUUGAUAAACAAAAUGUGUUGCCAUGGCAACUAGCAGCAAAAUCAGACUAUUUUAGACGUGUUAUUGUUCUAGUACAAGACAAGCUAUACUACACUCAUAAAAGUAUAAUGCUGUUAUCCAGACAAGAUAUGCAAAUCAGACACCUAAAAGCUAUGGGUUUUGAUCUUAUCCAGCUGCCAUACUAUGAGAUAGACAAAUUAGACGAUAUAGAGCAGUUAACAGAGUAUGUGAAGGCAAAGAUAUUUACACCAAAAACAGCAGACUGAACCAGGCUAUAGUAAUGACUAGGCAGAGGUUAUGGAUUGCUUUAUUACGGUG